AGUGCGCUGGAGAUGCUUGCAGGCUCGACCAGCACCACCAGCGCUUCUCAAAGGUAGAAUUUUACUGACGUUGAACAAAAAAUAUGAAGCGUUCAGCGGCAACAAUACCCUCUGUAACUUUAUGCGAUGAAAUGUGCUCGCGUUUGGAUUAACUUUACGCAUCAAUUGGACCCAGCGGUUGCGGAACGGAGGCGAAAUGAGGAGAACGAGUAACGGGCACCGUGGAUGAUGAUGCCCCACAAUGAACGCAGACUUUCAAGAACUGCAUGUGCCUCAACCCAAAGCUCGGAGUCAUCUGACCAUCACAGUGCAGUCAAAGCUGAUGUCAGGAUCUUGCGUCCCAGUGCGUGGUCCCAAACCUCCAGUGGCGCCCAAGCCUAAACGACCACACAGCCUGAGUAACGGAGACCUGACUCAUAGUAACGGGGUCAGUGAAGCACUCCACUUUUUCACAGAGGACAAACAGGACAAACUGGAGACAUGUGAAGUGGAGGAUAGCAAUAUUGACACUGGAGCGAAAGAGAGUACAGAGGAAGAUGAAGAAAAUGUGAGCAAUGAUGGGGACAGUAUUGGCUCUGAUGAUACAGUCAAAGCAGAUGUUACUGAAGAUGAAAACACUAGCCAGGAUGUGAUUCUACCUGAAAGUGGCACUCUCACUGAUGAUGAUAAUUCCUCUACGCCUUUACCUUACACUACUGACACAGAGGAGGACACCGGGGAUGAAGGGGAUGACCGAGUAACCGUGCAGGAUGACCAACUGGACAAUACUGACAAUGAACUUAAUCAUAUUGAACCAUGUGAUGAGGUAGGAGCUGGUAAUUUCGAAUUUGGAUUCAGCCUGCUCCCCACAGUCGCAGAGGAGUAUACAUAUGAUGUUAUUGGCCCCGCGGAUGAUGCUAGUGACACAUGCGAGUCUUGUGAAACUGUUGAGACAGGAGACAUAGAGGUAUGGCAACCAGAACGUGCCACCAAGGAUCUCUCUGGGUGUUUUCGAUUCACUGCCAGCACCGAGGAUGUGUUUGGACCUUACUCUGUCAUUCAAUCAGUCCCAAUUGAUACAAGCGACACUGCUGACCCAGAGUGGGGGCAGGACGAUGUAGAUGAUGAACCUACAAAUGUGCAAACGUCUGAAACCUCAAACCAAGAACCUUAUUAUGUGUCAUCCGAUGAUGUGGACAAAAUGGAGGAUAAGCAGAUCCUUGCAGAAAAUGAGGAGACCGAAGAGAACGAACACUCAAGACAGCAGAAAGAGAGAGGUGGUGAGUCAGCUGAUGAGUAUGCAGACAUUGAUGAAUCGUUUUGCCCUAAAGAUGAAGAUGACUUUGAGCAUCUCGAGGGCGUCUCAUCAGAGGAUUAUGUUGAGAUUGGUGAUGAGGAGACCGAGGAAGAAUCGGAAAAGAAACCUAUAAAAGGUAAAAGUGCAAAAGAGAGAACUGCCAAACGGGAACAAGCCUUCCAGAGUCAAAGAAGAAGCUGCCAGCCUCGUCUCAGACUCUGCAACAUCACUGUACCAGCCGAUUUAGACCUGGGACGCACCCCCGAACUCACCAACAGAGUAGUGUUUGCUCACACCACCGAGGCCUUCGAGGAGGACAUAGAGGAGCUGGACUGCCACAUUGUGCCUUACUAUGAAGACUCUGACUCUGACAGCGAAGAGCAUAUUUACGAAGAGGCUGGCUUUGACUCUGAAGGGGAGAACUUUUUGAUUUUAGAUCGUAAAUCUAUAGUCACAAGAUCUCGGUCUUAUUCAGGAAAAGUCCCAGGAUAUGUACCAGAAACUGUCCCAGAAGAGACAGGAACAGAAUAUCAGAAUAAUGAUUAUUACACUGUGGCCUUAGAGAAGAGUGAGGAAUCAGAGCAGUCAAAAGUCAACACCAUUAUCCCUACCACCAAGUCUCGCAGAUUCUUGCUAUCAUCUCAAUCAGCUGAAGGUCCUGAACUAACUUUAUCCACUACUCCUGAGUUGGGAUUUACUAAAGAUGAGGUGAAGAUGAAGCGUAAAGAUGAUUCUAUGUCUCUUCCAUGCGUCAUAACUUCUUCAGGCAGCUUCUCCCAAAAGAGUUACCAUUCUUCCAGCGGAGUCUCCACACCGACAUCUUUAGUAGACAUCCCGCCACCAUUUGAAUUAGCAUACAUCACAAAGAGACCAGUGACCAAGAGUUCGCCCGCCCUAUUGAUCCACCACGAACCGACAAAUGACAAAAAUAAGAAGAAGAAAACGUCAUUCAAACGCUUUUUGACACUGAAGUUCAAAAGAAAGUCUGAUUCAAAGGGUUUCAGCGAUGGAAGUGUGCGUUCCUCAAGAUCGUCCUCCGAGUCAAGCCAUCACGGGCCAUCUAGAGUGAUUGAACUUGAUCGCCGGAGCACUGGUAGUUCUCCUCAACUUCAUUCUCGUAUAGUGAGCUCCCAACAGCGCUCGUCGGACCUACCAUCCACCAUUGUCCUUUAUAAAGACCAGCAGAGGAAGAAAGGUGAAUUGAAAUCUUAUGGCAGGGGCGUCUCAAGAGUAGAGUCUUUCGAAGAACGCUCACGCCGUUCCAUGAUGCCGCUGCCCCUUACGAAACCACGAUCCAUCUCCUUUCCCAGCGCAGACACUUCCGACUAUGAAAACAUCCCAGCAAUGAGCGCAGACUAUGAGAAUAUUCAAAUCCCUGGAAGGCCAAUCAGAUCGCACACCGUCACUGAAUUUUUUGAGAAUCCAAACCGGACAACAACGCAGUGCAAUGACAACGACGGUUAUGUGGAUAUGAACAGUUUCCCCGGGAUUGAGAAUAAAACAACAUCAAAAGUGGACUCGGAAAGUGCCUACACAGAGCCAUUCCCAAUGGCAUCCACUCCAGUUGGGCUGUCCGCUGAUGAAGAUCAUGGGAGGACCUCGGAGGAAGAGGAGGGGGUCACUGAGCCAAGCUUUGAUCGACAGAUUGAUGGACGAUCAAGAGCCUUUUACAUUGCCAAAGAGCUGGUGGACUCCGAGAGACUACAUGUGAGUGCCCUCAAGCAUCUUCAGGAGGACUUCAGAGCAGCCGUUGCAGGGGCAGUGGGGGAGGAGGGAGAGCCUGUGCUGGAUGAUCAAAGACUGGGGGAGAUACUAGGAGUGCUGCCUCAGGUCUACAACCUCCACAAAAGCCUUCUGUCCGAGCUGGAGGAGCGCAUUAGUCAGUGGGAGGAGAGUCCCCGUAUGGUGGAUGUGAUUUUGUCUCAUGGUGAGGACUUCCGAGUGUUUGACACCUACAUCUCUGAGUACGACCGCAGCAUGUUCCUACUGGAGGAGAGCCGCAGAAACAGCCCAGCUUUUGCCAACAUUGUCAAGACCUUUGAGAGACGAGAGGCAGAGGAAGCAGAGGUCCCACUGAAACACCAGCUGCUGCAGGUUAUAGUGAGAGUGCUUCAGUAUCGUAUGCUCCUGACAGAUUAUCUUAACAACCUUUCUCCUGACUCAAAAGAAUAUGAAGACACUCAAGCUGCCUUGGUGACCGUGUCUGAGGUGGCCGAUCAAGCCAACGACAAUCUCAAACAGGGGGAGAAUCUGCUGCGCCUGGUCCAUAUUGAGUUCAGUGUAAAAGGCAAAAGGGACCUGCUGAAACCGGGAAGGAUGUUCGUCAAAGAAGGAACUCUUAUGAAAGUUUCAAGGAAAAGCAGACAGCCACGGCACCUGUUUCUGAUGAAUGAUAUCAUGCUGUAUACUUACCCUCAGCAAGACGGUAAAUACAGGCUCAAGAACACUUUGUCACUUUCAGGAAUGAAGGUCAGUAAACCAGCACUGGACAAUGUGCAGAACUGUCUAAGGAUUGAGGUGUCGGACAUAACCAUAACACUGUCUGCCAGCUCCAUUGGUGAGAGAGAGGACUGGUUUCAUACACUCAGUCGGGCCAUAGCCGAUCAUGCAGCCGGUCUGUGUACAUUUGGAGGACCCUGCAGUGAGGCUCGAGAAAAGCUGUGGAUGGCUCUGGGAGAAGCGGCUCCUGUUUUGGUGCCUGUGUCCCAUGUAAUGAUGUGCAUGAACUGUACCUCUGACUUCAGCCUCACACUGCGGAGACACCACUGCAAUGCCUGUGGCAAGGUGGUGUGCCGCGCCUGUUCCCGUAACAGAUACCCUCUCAAGUACCUCAAGGACCGAAUGGCCAAAGUGUGCGACCACUGCUAUAUGGAGCUCAGGAAAAGAGGAGGAAAUGUGUCUGGAGCAUGUGGAAACUCGAGCCCUCGCACUCAGCGCGCUAGUCGUCCACUGUCUGCCGUCUUUCAGAGUCUACAGCCUCCCAGUCUGUGGAAGAGCAGAAAGAGCACCAUAUCUCUCAACCAGAUGUCCCUUGGGGCUGAGGGCUCCACUAUGAGUGGAAGCUUGCAGCGCAGAAAGAAAAGCAAGAGGAAGUGGAAGCGUCUAUGGUUCCUCCUCAAAGACAAGGUGCUCUACACCUUCACAGCCCGUGAGGAUAAAGUGGCUUCAGAAAGUCUCCCUCUGCAGGGCUUCACUGUCAAACUGACCGAGCGAGCAGAUGGAGAGGAAAGCAGUAAUGUCUUUCAUCUGUACCACAAGAAGACACUGUACUAUACCUUUAGGGCAGAUGACCAGCACACAGCACGCAGAUGGGUCAAUGCUAUAGAGGAGGCUACAGUUUUAUAGCACUUGCUUUCUGCACUGCUGCCACAAGAGGACGCCAUGUUUUUUAUGUUGUGGCAGAGGAGAGAGUAUUCAAGCUGUAUUCAAGCCACUCUGGGCAGCUGUGAGGAACCAGUAGCCCUCGCAAAUCAAAUAAACUCGGAUUCUUCUGUCGCUGUACAUUUUUUACAUCUUUUAACUCCUAAAAAAAUGUGUGAAAACAAUUUCUAUAUUUAACAGGACUCCUGACUGCAAAAAUACAUUUGUAGCUUUAAAGGGAAAUUAUUUGCAACCAUUUUAAGAUGUACUGUCUAUCUACAGUUUUUGAAGAUUCAUAUUUUCUAAUACACUGCAGAUAUUUAAGUAAAGAUAUCAUUAAUAGUGUUGUCUACAAUUAACAAAACGAUUACACAAUGCAACAGGGAACAUUUCUGGUGAAGUCCACUGUCAGAUAUAAUGCCUCAUAUUUACUUGUCAAUAUUUUCUGAAGUGCCAAAAUAGUUCCCCUUAUUACAUAGACUGAGACUUUAUUGUUAUGUUAUCAAAGUACUGUACUCUGGUUUUGCUGAACAUGUAUAAAUCAUCAGUUUAAUAUGUUCCAUUUUACAGAUGCUGUAAAUGCAGAAUGUAACAUGUUCUGCUGUUUGUGAAUGUUGGUGCAUAUGAGCUGCUCAUGUCAUCAGUCUUAUUCCCUUUAAUUGUUCAGAGAGCCAGAAAUCUGCAAAGAAAGAACACUCAACACGCUUCACUAAAGACCUUUGUGAACUCUUUCACUGUGUAAUGUCUUUUAUGAGCCACUCUUAAAAGUGUUAUAAUGGAUUGUACCUCUCUAGCAUACCAUGCACUGUAAAUAUAAAUGUUUAUGUAUAUAUGCAUAUAAAAUAAACAUCUUUC